UGGACGUCAUCAUCCCCGGCUUCUAGUGCAGACUCUUCAGCUUCUGCCUUGGGUCCUGCAGCUUUCCGGUGUAGACUCGUCAGCCCCCUGAUACAGACUUGCCCAAAGCACUGCAGUGAGCUCCAGACCUUGUACUGAAUCCUUCAGUCUCUGCUAAGUCAGCAGUAAUGCUAACACUGGCAAGCAAACUGAAGCGGGAUGAUGGUCUCAAAGGGUCCCGGACGCCAGCCGCCUCGACUGACUCCACGCGAAGGGUGUCUGUGAGAGACAAGUUGCUAGUUAAAGAGGUUGCAGAACUUGAAGCUAAUUUACCUUGUACAUGUAAAGUGCAUUUUCCUGAUCCAAACAAGCUACACUGCUUUCAGCUAACCGUAACCCCAGAUGAGGGUUACUACCAGGGUGGAAAAUUUCAGUUUGAAACUGAAGUUCCUGAUGCAUACAACAUGGUGCCUCCCAAAGUGAAGUGCUUGACCAGGAUCUGGCAUCCCAACAUCACAGAGACAGGGGAGAUCUGUCUCAGCUUACUGAGAGAACACUCGAUCGAUGGCACUGGCUGGGCUCCCACGAGAACGCUGAAGGAUGUUGUUUGGGGGUUGAACUCUUUAUUCACUGAUCUUUUGAAUUUUGAUGAUCCACUGAAUAUCGAAGCUGCAGAACAUCACUUGCGGGACAAGGAGGACUUCCGGAACAAAGUGGACGACUACAUCAAGCGCUACGCCAGAUGAUGAGAGGAGCACACUGCGGCCAGGGACCCCGCGGGCCGCCUCCCGUCCUCGCGCCCCUCAGCCCCGUGGGCUGUCCCUGUCCUGCGGCUGCCCUGCCCUGGCGAAGACAUCCUCCUGACUGCCCACUGUAGCUGGAGAGUGCAGCAUAAAUACAGCAGGAAAGUGUGUCUGGCUCUAGAGCUUUGUCUGCUUCCCUUAACGUGUUUACUUUCCCAAAACUGGGCUAUCUAGGCUGACUUAUCCCGAACUCAGCCUGCAACUGCGCUUGCUCCCUGGCGCCCGCUCAGGGGUGGCUGUGGGGCAUGGAAGGGCACGUCCAGUGUGCUCGCUAAUCGGCAAGAAGAGCCCGCGCAAACUGUGACCGACGCACGUUCUCUUAGCUUCCUCUGUGAAUGUUGGCCCUGCCUAGAUGUGAAGCUUCCCAGAAUGCAUAGUCAUUCACUGUAGCUCUUACUGAAAUGCGCAUUUUAUUUAAUGUAAGUAUAUUUUGGAAGAGAUUUGUAAUUUGUACAAUUUAAUGCUUUUAUUUUUUUCUA